CCAUUGUCAUUCGUCAAAAUAAUGUUAGAUUCCUUUAUACUUUUGGGAUCCACUUUUUCCUCAGAGUCUAUUCUGUUGACAAAUCCCUGUAGUUUGUUGACUUCAAUCUUCUUCGGUGGAGUCGUCUUCAGACUUCAAAUGAAAUGAUGGGUUUGGCAUAUCAUCAUCAUCACCACAAGACUCUGUUUCUGUCUUUCCUCUGUUCCAUAUAUGGACUAAAUCUUUUUAUCAUAAACCUCUGAGAUUUCGCGGCUGAUGGCGUCCAUGGGUUCUCCAGUGGAGGGCAAUUCCAGUACCACUGGUGCUUCGAAAACGGUGUAUGUAGCUCUGGGCAACGAUCUGCAAGAAGGGUUGAAGACGCUUGAUUGGACUCUGAGAAAAUGGAGUUCCUGCAUCUCCAAAAUCGUCAUCCUUCAUCUGGCCCCCGAUUGCUCCAACGAUGUCGUCAACACCCACUUUGGGAAGGUGCUGGCAAGCUCCAUGAGCGACGAGAAGCUCGAAGCUCUCAGGAACUACGAGCAGCGGAAAGUCGACAAGUUAUUGUCCGAGUAUAUAGCUUACUGCGGAAAGGGGGUGAGAGCGAAAGUGAUGAAACUGGAGAAAUCGGAAGAGCCGAUUGAGAGGGCGAUGGUGGAAUUGAUAUCAAAGCUCAAAAUCUCGACGCUCGUAAUUGGGAUUUCAUUCUUGAAAUUCUCCCCUUCUUGGAAGAAAACUCGGAACACGAUUGGUGCUCUGUUCUAUAUCCAUCAGAAGAAGGCAAAGUGGUGCGAGAUGUGGAUAGUAUGCGGCGGAAAAUUGGUGCGCAUGACAGUUGGAGAAAGCGACGAGGGCGUGGCGAUGGAGGAUGAAGAGGGGAAAGCGAUUCCUAGCUUCAGGAGUAGUAGUACUGUUGGUAGCGGCAGUUCGUCGUCGUGGCUUGGAAGAGUGUUCAGUGAUAACCAGAGAAAGAAGCGGUCUUCUUCUUGCGGAGAAGGUCGAGGUGGCGGCGGCGGAGGAGAUUGUUGGGAGAGCAACGGUGUGGAGAUCGAGAAGUAUCUGCAGGAUUUGACGAUGAAGAUGGGUGGUCUUAGUUUGGAAGCAGAGACCGAGGAGCAGAGGAUGACUUCUUCUACUUCUUCUGUUCAGCAGCAGGGAGAGGAAGGUGAUGAUGUUGGAUCACAGCUUGCUGAUCAUAAUUUGAGUGCUGCACAGAAAAUGGAAAUUGUCAGAAGCAAAAUAAAAGAAAUUGGGAGAAGAAUCGAGUUAAAGAGGGAAGAAGCCGAGGCCAAUGCUGAAAGAUCUGCAAAUGCCGAAUGGGCAGUCUCACUCUGCAACUCCCGGGUUGAGGAGCUGGAAUCCAAAAUCAAAGCAGAGUCCACAAUCCGGAGCGAAUUAACGAGAAAGCUGGAAUCAGACAGGGAACGAAUCGAGGACAUAAAGAGCGACGUGGAAGAAAGCCAAAACAGAGUACGUGCUCUGGCAGAACUGCAAUCGGAGCUCUCGAGCAGGCUCCAAAUGUCGACGGCGGCGAGAUCCGCCGCGGAGGCUCAGCUGCAGAGGAAAUCGAUGGAGAGGGCGGAGGUGGUGAGGGGGAUCGACGAAUUGAGGCGGCAGAGAGACGUGCUCCAGCGGAGGAUCGAGUUCUGCAAGGAGAAAGACGCCAUUGGUGGGGUAAUGAUGAAGUUUGGGGAGAAUUUGAGGUUUGGUUAUAGAGAGUAUAGUGGUGAGGAUGUCCGAUCGGCCACCGAUGACUUCUCCGGUGGGCUCAGGUUGAAAUCGGGGGAUGAUUGGAGUACUGUAUACCGUGGAAGGAUUAGCCAGAAGACUGCUGCAAUCAAAUUGUUCUCCGCUGAGCAUGAAUCGUCAAACCACCAUGACUUUUUUUCUCAGGUGAAGUUCCUAAGUAACAUAAGGCACCCACAUUUGGUUGCAAUGAUGGGGUUCUGCUCGGAGCCAAAAUGCAUAAUUUAUGAGUACAUGCAUGAAGGCAGCCUCAGAGACAAUUUGCUAGGUUGUUCUCAUACUUCUCAUCCUGGAUCCGGAAACCGAACCCUCAAGUGGUUCGACCGGAUCAGAGUAGCCUACCAAAUCUGCUCCGCGUUGGCCUUCCUCCACUCGGCUAAACCCAACCCUAUCGUCCAUGGCAAACUAACCGUUUCCAAUGUCCUCCUCGACAGAAACAUGGUUGCUAAAUUAACCGGGUUUAGACCGAGCACCUCAAUCGAUCUCAGGUCUGACAUUCGAGCACUAGGAGUCAUCUUGCUCCAUCUGUUGAGUGGGAAAAACUGGGGCGAAUCGGUAGAGAGCCGGAUGAGGUUGGACCGGUCGGCCCUCGUUGAGAUGUUGGAUGAGAUGGCUGGGCCCUGGCCAUUGGGCCUCACGGAGGAGAUUGCUGGAAUAGCCAUGAGGUGCUUGUCAACAGAAUUGGACGCUGCAAAUGUUCUCAAGGAGCUGGAGGAGUUAGUGAAGAAGGGAGAUGAUAUAGUUUUCAGAUUUGGACGUCAGGAUAAAGUAAUGAGUGGAGAAAGUGAUGAAGAUGAUGAAUCUUCAAGUGAUAUCCCCAGCUUCUUCCUUUGCCCAAUAUUGCGGGAUGUGAUGGAGAAUCCUUAUGUAGCUGCAGAUGGAUUCUCGUAUGAGCGCGAAGCUAUGGAGGAAUGGUUAAAGAUGGGGAAGGAUACUUCGCCAAUGACGAAUUUAAGGCUUGAUCACACAGUAUUGACCCCUAAUCAAACCCUCCGUUUCCUCAUCGAAGAAUGGCGUAACAAAAGGAAUAAUGAGCCAUCUUGUUCAUCUUCAUCUCACAUAUGAGUUAGUUGGCGAUAUAGUAUAACACACUGUAAUCUCAGGAUUAUGCAUGUACAAAAUGGUUUUCUACACAAUGCAGUAUUGUCAAAUGUCAAGUAUACAAAUUCAAUCAACAAUGUGACCACCAUGUUGAGGG